CCAAUGUAAUUACAAAUCAGCUGGAGUUUGGUGCGCUCUCCUCAGGCAAAGGCGAUGGAAAGAAACUAGAAGCGAGAGGAACUGGUGGGUCAAUGGUCAAAGACCCAACAGAGAUAACUGAUGUGGACGAGAUGAAGACUCUGAUUUUGGAGCUGCAGAAGGAACUCGAUGACCUGGAGAAGAGUAACGAGGAGCUGUUGGAUGAAGUUGAGGUGAAAGGAGCUGCGUACAUGGAUGAGGUUGAAGAGUUGGAGUUUACUAUAGCAGAAAUGAAGCAGCAGGAGGUUGACUUCAAAUCCCAGAUGAAAGAGCAGUGUGAGGAAUACAGGGAGCUUCUCAGUCAGAAGAUGGCAAGAGACAUGGAGAUUGCAGCUUACAGGAGUCUGGUGGAGGAAGAAGAGGUGAGACUCUGCAUCCUGUGACUCGGCCUGAUCCGAUGGACAUCUACUGGAUUCUCCCCUGAUGCACAGAUUAGAAAACAGACCAGAAAACUCGACAAACGCCCCAGAAUGAGCACUUUGAUGAAGCUUAAGCGUAGCAGCUCUAGCCGCUGACAGAUUAACGUCGCCCGGAGGCCUCAGCCUGCUGAUAACAGGUCGCAUGCAGAUGACCUGGAGCCUGAGAUGCAUCGGUCUGAAACCUGUAGGAGGCUCAGGUCUGGCUCUAAUAAUCCUUAAAGUGGGUUUUUAUCUCUGAUUCGCACAA